CUUGGAACGACUCAGCGGAGAGUUUCCAAAUACAAGCCCCUAUCUUUCCGGACACGCGUGGCUUGAUGUCCGCUUUGCCGCGGCGUGUUAUUUCGCAAAUCAACGGGUGGUUUCUGUCAUGAUCACACAACACAGACGGCUUGAGUCACCGCACACCACGGCUCUGCACCAGCCUUUUCCCUCGUUGUGUCGACGUUUCGAACAGCAACAGCCAUGUCGACUGCAGAAAAGUCGGUCGAAGCCGGUGCGACGCCCGCAAUUGAGGAAUCUAACACGCUAGCCGAGGCCGAAACGAGCCUACCGGCACCUACUGAUGCCCCAGGAAAGGCACCGGUCGGUCUCAAGUGGAGGUGCUCUCCCGGCUUCAUUACGCUCGUCGUCGGCUUCGGGGUCGCGACAGAUCUCUUCGUGUAUUCCUCUAUUAUCCCUGUGAUUCCAUUCCAGCUCGAACGCCUGGGCUACUCGACAGGCGUUGCCUCGGAAUUGACGGGUUGGCUGCUCUUCGUCUUUUCUGGUGGAUUGGCCGCUUUCACCAUCCCGAUCGCCUGGGUCUCUGAACGCUAUGGCCUACGAAAAUCACCACUCAUCGUUGCCAUGCUUGUGCUCAUCGGGUCCCAAAUUAUGUUUAUGGAGGCACCGAUAUAUGCUGUGAUGUGCAUCGCUCGUGUGCUGCAAGGCUUUGCCUCGACAAUGGUUUGGGUCGUGGGAAUGGCUCUGCUCUGUGACAACGUUCCACCGGACAGCAUGGGAAAAUACAUCGGGAUGGCGAUGUCUGGAAUGUCCGCUGGCACGCUCGCCGGUCCACCGAUCGGUGGAGCCAUCUACACGCGGUUCGGAUUUCGAGGCCCGUUCAUUUUCGGAAUGGGCGUGGCUGUGCUAGAUCUCAUUGGCCGGAUCCUUGUCAUCGAGAGGAAAGAAGCGUUGCGCUGGGGCUAUGAUCCGCUCGCGGUCCAGGAGACAGCCGAUGAAGAAAAACAAGGGGAGCCUACCGCGACCCCGGACUCUGGUCCUGUCACGGCACCAUCGCUUCUGCAAGUAAUCACGAGGCUAUUCAAGUCCUCUCGAGCCGCAGUGAUCAUGGUCAUUUGCGUCCUUUAUGGAAUUAUUUACGCUGCCAUGGAGCCUACGCUUCCGCUUCAUUUGCAAGACAUAUGGGGCCUGAAUUCCUCGAAAGUCGGGCUGAUCUACCUGGGCAGUGCUGUGCCAUCUUUGCUCUCGUCGCCUCUGGCUGGAUGGCUUUCCGAUCGGCAAGGCGUGGAAUGGAUUUGUGCUCUCUGUCUCUCGCUUGGUUUCGUCUGGUACCUGGUCCUCAUCGUCCAGAAGAGCCUCGCGCUAUUCAUCGUCGCUUAUGUCCUCGAGAGCUUUUUCGUCGGUGGCACCCUUUCACCUGUCAUGACUGACUUGGCGAACAUAUCGCGGUCAAUCGAGGGCGUCGGAUUCGCACAUGUCUACGGCGCCUUCAACAUCAUGUUCUCGGCCGGGAGCACUGUGGGUCCUGUCCUCGGCGGACAAAUUUACGCUCAUUCCCGGCAUGGCUGGAUGAUCACAAUUCUGGUUGGCGCUGGGAUUUUCCUUGUCUGCAUUUUACUCUCGGCGAUGUACAUGGGAGAAGAUCCUCUCUUCCAACGGCUGAAACACACAUUUUCUCCCCCGCCUACUUUGCCCUGCCUCUAUUUUCCUAUGGCUGACGAGACCCACUCCUCGGCUGCGCCUCCCACAACAAAUGAAGAAGAUUCCCACACCUCGUACCCGUCCCCCAUUUCCACGGCAGGAUCGUCACAUACGCGGCCUACGAGCAGGCAGUCGACGGAAGAGCUUAUUCGGCAGGAAAGAGAGGACAGCCAGAACAGUCUACGCGCUGCCUCGGCUGUUCUACAGGCCGCGUACCGGCGUAUUCGACAAGUCCGCCGCAGUCUCGUCGAGUUUACGGACCCUGCAGAGUCUCCAAACGAGGGCAUCGGGCCCGGCCACUCCGCCUUGGUGCUGACCACCUCUCCCAUCGACGACGGCAGCGAGGAUGAUGCGCUGGACUUCGAAACCAUGCGCGCGAACCUCGCUGAGAUGAACCGCCAGACACAAGAGUACCUCGAUCGCUUCCAAGCGUCGACGACGACUCCCGAGCACCCACCCGUCCUCUCGGGCCUGCGCAAUGUCCAGCUCCCGACGCCUGCCGCGAGCAUCGACGACGGGGCGCCGCAUCCUGGGCGCCGGCGCUCGUUUUUGGAGACCCAGAUAGCCCGGCGGCGCCAGCUGCACCAUUCGGAUGAUCCGAAUACGAUUCUCGGCAGGCGGGUGGCUGCUCGGGAGGCCGCGGGGACCAGCAGCAGCAGCAGCAGCAGCAGCAGUGUGCGGGCAGCAGUGGAGGGCUCUCCGCAUGCAGAACAAGUUCUGAGGGCGGUCGAGAUGGAGCGGGAGCUGCUGCAUCUGCGCUCGAAUGGCGCCCAUCUGCAGCGGCGGACGGAUCCGGGUCAGCGGACACUAGGGCGCUUAGAGACGUUUGCGACGGCGCGCGCUGAUGCGAUCCGUGUUGCUCGGUCUAGUCUGGAUAUGGAGAUGGCUAGAUUGAGACAGCACCAGCACCAGCAACAGCAACAGUUGUCGGCUGCGCCGCUGAGCCCCAGAUCAACAAACAUGACACGGCGCUGGCGCGCUUCUCGGUCGAGCGACAGCCGGCAGAGUUCGACGAAUUCAUCGCAAUCUCUCGCUUCCCUGCCUCAUCGCGAGAGGCUCUCUCUGCUGUCCAAUUUCUCUUCGAUACAGAAUCUGCAAACGCCGACUUCGGCUCAUGCUCCAGGACCGCUUCUGUUUGAGGAGCCGGAGAGCUACUCCAGACGCCUGUCGCGGGACUUUCUCGAAUCGCCUGUUGGCACUGAUCGCCGUUUCUCUGUUCUUGGGACAUCUCAACUCAACGAGGAAGAGAGCAUACGAGACAGUCUGUGGGAGGAGCUUGAUGAAGUCAAUGCGAGCUGGGAAAGCACUAUCUGGGAUACUCUUCCCCGAGACGGGGGAACUCGUCCUCGGCCCGCACCAAAUCCGAGCCCCGUACCCGGCCGACAUCGAGGAUGGGCUAGGCUGGAUGCCAAUGGAGACUUGAUACCUUCCGACGAAGAAGAAGAGUAUGAGCGCAUCCGUCUUGAAGCCAGGAUGGAAUCUCUUCGGCAGGCGAGAGCUUCUACGGCUACCGCCGUUAUGGCCGAAGCAGGACGGCAGGCGCAGAGCGCUCUCCUCCUCCCACCGCGGGUGAUCCGGACCUCGAUUUCCCCCGUCGACCAGCCUGAGCGUGACCAUCCUCGAGUGCACCUCAACUCACGUGAGCAGCGCCCGGACUGGAGCGAAGUCGAGGGGCAGUAUGGAUCCGCGGUUCCAUACAGGGUGAACCCGCUGCCUGCGCCCCUGGAGGACAUGGUCACGCUCAAGUCUAAAUCCACUUCUAGGCCCAUGCGUUUUUCGAGGGAAGCCAUGCUUGCGUGUCACUAGCGCGUCACACCCGUAAAUUAUGCGACACAUUUUGUAUUUGGUAUUCGAUUUGCAAUAGUAGAGAAUAAUAAUGGGUUUGCAUAGUACAUUACUUCCUUCCUUCCUUUAUUUCUUUCGGCCAAGAAAACGACACAGAGCCCAAGAAAAACGAGUGUUGUGAGUUGGCUUAUGCGGCGACACCGAUUCCGAUGCGGCCGAGAAAGCGGUUGAAACGCCCCUGUCCGCAGCUGCGGGCGCUUUUGUAGGUGCGGACACUCCGGAAACUUUCCAUCGAGGGGAGUGCAUGCAGCACAGGAACCCCGACACUGCCACCGCCAGCGAUGGAUGCAGCUUUGGACGGGCGUGACCAGCUGCUGUGUUCAGGCAGUGCCCCAAGCUCGCUCGCAAGGAAUGUGGGCGACUUCUUGCAUCUUACGUCAGCUCCCCCGUUCGGUGAGGAAGGGAUGACUCCGAGAUGCGUCGAGGAGUUGUUGCGCGAUGCUCGGCCGAGCGAGCUAACGGCGUCUGGGUGCGAUGCUGGGGUAAGCGCAUACGGCCCAGAGAUCUCCACCCGAGGCUUGCGGGGCGGAGUCUUAGUUCGGGAGCGUAAAGUAAGAAACCGCUUCAAACUGGCAUAACCCUUCCCCGAGUCCUUGAAUACAUCCUCCUCGUCUUCGUCUUCGAGCGGAAGAACCCGCGGAUCCCAUUCCUCGCCUCUAACGCUGCCGUCGCCCACCUGGGCAAGCCGAUCCCGAUCUCCAGCGAAUCGAAGGAGAGGCAAGUCUUCGAACGUCACAGAUUUGCUCGCCGACGAGUGCUUCGUCAAGAUAGACGGUGAUCGCUUCGGCGACCGCGACAAAAUAGACCGCGUCGGCGUCGUGGCCCGCGACUCGGCAUAGAUCGAAGGCGAGGGGGGUGUCCUCGGCAAACUGCCUGUGCUGCUCGUAGUGGAGAUCGAUGACGACUCAGAUGCAGAGCGUUCGCGGUGGAUCGGAAGUCUGCUGACUCCUCCAAAGUCUUUGGCGCGCGGCAGUGCCCUGAAGUCCAACAAAUUCGGCGAAGAGCGCGAGAUGGAACCGGCUCGACGCGGGCCAGAUGGCGACCGAUUCGAGCCAGCCUGGAGCGGAGCCACGGUAGACCAAAACGGAGAUUGAUUCAUUUCCGUGACGGUAGUAGCAGAAGUUGGGGUGCGCGGCCGGAACGAAGUUGGCGGCCGGAUUCGAGAAGGAGUCGGCGUGAUGGACCGUGAGCUCGAUGAGGUGCGGGAGAGGGAUGGAGAGCUCGACGUCGAGCCCGACAGACUUGACGGGGAGCGAGAGAGCGUCGAUGGAGAACGGGGACGCCGGUAGAGCCAUUCUGUUGGUCGAGGCGAAAUACGAGUCGGAGGACCGUCUGAUGGCAAACUGGGAACUGAUCGCGGUGGCGUAGACGGCAAACGCUGCUCAUCGGCAGAGGAGGGCAGGCUAGUUCCACCUCGCUGAUCAAUAGCUUAGCAGUGUUCGCUCCAUCACAAGAUGCGCAAGACGUACGGAGUAGCCCACUCGACCUUUAGAAUCCGCACUACGCUUGGCGCUGCCGAAAAAGUCAUCGAGCAAUAUCGACCGGCGAGCGCUGUCGUCCAAUCGCGGGCGCGAGCACUUCGGUUUCUUUCGACAGAUGUCAGCGACGCAGAAAAUGUUUUCUUGAUGCAAUACAGACCAGGGACUGCGCUUUGACCGACUCGGGGGGAGAGACCAGCUCGUCAGAAUCCUCUCCGAACGCUUGGCUGGCGUUGAGCCAGCGAAUCUCGUCGAUUGUGAGCGAAGUGUAGAACCUUGAGGAUACAUUGCCUCUCCGCUUCGCAACAGUCAGAUAGGCUGAAAGAAACCAGACUGUAGGGCGCACCGGAUACAUCGAGCAGAAAAUGCGGUGUGCUGGAACAAAGAAAAUGGGAGGGUUAAGAACUUGUGGAGGAUGCCGUGGGUUACGGGGAACUUGAAGAGAUGAAGAGAGAGGAGAAGGUGCAGCUGGCUAGCUACAUACAUAAUACCUCGCAGUUCACACGUUUAAGACACGAGCUUAAGCACUCGUUGGCCCCGCGGCGUCCUCGUGGAGAUGGGUGAGGUGAUCACGUAAUGAGAUUCAAGUUACCGCGAAUACAGGAAGUCUGAAGAAACGAAUGGGAAGCGGGCUUGGCCAGGCCCGACCGGACCUCGGAGCCCCGCCAUCAGUGGGCUUUUCAUAGUGUUGGCCGCUCAGCAUGCAGACCACUCCAGAUUCCGCGAGCAGCUUCCGUUGUGCUCUCUAUCGUCCGUCGUUUGAGAGGCUUGAUCUUCAAUCCUGAAGCAUCCAAAAGGAGGUCAAGCUUUUUAUGGAUACCGGUGACCUCCAGUUUGUGCAGGGCAAUGACCUUGUCUCGGCCGUUGACUAGGCAAAAGGAUAUGAGUAUGUAGUGAGGUACGCCCUGCACAGCAGAAGACGCACCAUAGAAACCCCUGACAAUUGGUUCCUUGCGAUUACGCUGCUUAACUACAAUCUCGACAUGCGGGUUUUCGCGAGCAAAGGGAAUGAGCUCUCGCUGGAGAAAAGUUCGUGUGUUGGCAGAGGACGGCCAGUCGUUGCAGAAUUCGAACACAAGCUUUCGUAUCUGUGGCAGAAACGUGGUGUGCCCGUUGGCAGGAGCAGAUGCGAGGCGCGCGCGAAGUAUUGCCGGCGGGAGCAUGCAGGGAGAGUUGGUGAGGAGUGUGACCGCCGAUACACCGGCACGCCAGAAGAGGAAGCCAUCAAUCGGCGUUUGCCGUAAGUGUUUAACAUUUGGCUCUUGCCCCUUCCACGAAAGACAUGCCUGAGCUACCUGAAGUCGAAAGAGCGAAAAAUUUGAUCAACCGCGUCGCGAAGGGCAAGGUUAUCCAAAAGGUUGAGGCUGUCGAAGACACCAUCGUGUUCACUGGAACGACUUUCGAAGAAUUUGCUAAAGAACUGACUGGAAGAACAGUUCUUAAUGCCGACCGCUACGGCAAGGUCUUCUAUGUUGAUCUGUCUGGUCCUGGGAGAAUGCCUGUGCUCCACUUCGGAAUGACUGGCAUGCUGCAGGUGCAAGGAGAACUCGCUGAAUAUUACAGAGAAACUCCCAAGACAGCGUCAACUGACUGGCCGCCACGGUUUAUGAAGGCACGUCUAAACUCCACAUGGCAGGUUGUUGACGCAAUCUUUAGUUCAUCCUUCAUUUGUUAGACUCUGAGACCGGGAGCGCUACUCAACUAGCGUUUCUAGAUGCUAGAAGGCUGGGCCGCAUCCGUCUUUGUAAAUCACCCCUUGAAGAGCCUCCAAUAUCGGAAUUGGGAUUCGACCCCAUUCUUUCUAUGCCACCGCUCGAAGAGUUCAGUGUUCUAGUUCUGAAGCGGACCUGUCCCAUCAAGGCACUGCUUUUGGACCAGUCUUUCAGCGCCGGUGUUGGCAAUUGGGUUGCGGACGAGAUUCUCUAUCACUCACGAAUUCAUCCGGAGCAACGUGCAAACACGCUGACCAACGGGCAGCUGGAAGCCUUGCACCAUCAGACGUCGCAUGUUUGCCUCACUGCAGUCGCCGUUGAUGCUGAUUCCAGCAAAUUUCCUGAAAACUGGCUCUUCACCCAUCGCUGGGGCAAGGGAAAGAAGACUCAACACAAUCUCAAGCUACCCACAGGCGGACCGGCUACCAUCAAAUGGAUUACAGUGGGUGGGCGAACAUCCGCUUUCGUGCUCGAGCUGCAGGAGCUCGCAGGACCUACGACCAGAACGCCCCGCAGAAAGCGGGAUGCCAAGGAAGAUGAAGGCGACCACCGCGAUCUGGUCGAGCCCGAGUGUGACGCAUCUCCUCCUAUCAAAAGACAAAAAUCAUCGAGAAUCCAGAGCAAAAAUAAGGAAACAAGUGCGGUGACGACUGACACACAUGCAGUACGUCGCACGAGGGCGAAAAAAAGCUGAGCGGUAUCGUAUACACAAGUUCUGUCAGAUUAUUCGCUGUCAUCCUCAUCAUCCUCAUCACUGUACUCCUCCUCGGCUUCAUCGUCAAUAAACCCGUUCAUUGUCGGGCCAUCUUCAUCAUCCUCGUCAUCAUCUUGGUCUUCUUCACUGUCUUCUUCCUCGGAAGUUUCACCGCCGAGCUCAACAUCCUCAACGCUCCCGUCCUCAUCUCCGCUCUCGACUUCGAUUUGAUCCAUCUCCUCGUCCUCGUCUCCGCUUUCUCCUUCUAUGUACUGCGUUGCGGGCUUGGAGUCUGGGCGGGAGGCCUGGGCGCCCUUCCGGGGGCCCAAGGUUGCUGGAGCGGCGGAGGAUCGCAUUUCUAUCUGUGCCAGCACCAUUUCUAGUCGGCCGCUGAGAGACAAGAGAUUUUGCUGAAGCGCAAGCCGCGAAGAAAGGGUUGCGUGCAGGCCCGCUAAUCUCGCUACCAGAUCUGGCAUCUAUUCCAAUGAUUAGCAUGCCAAUCGAGUCGGAGCGAUUCUGAAGACGCACUGUCAUCAGAUGACCGCUGUGCACCGCCAAGGCGGACUUGAUCCAUAAUAUGAGCGUCGUGCCUCUUUGAGAACUGGCCCCACCGCCCCCUCCCUUCAUGUUCGUGGCACGCGCACCGCGUCCCAGCCGCUCCACGCACGCUGUUAUUAAGGGGACCGCUAGCUGGGGAGGAAGUCGGCGGACAGUGUUCCGAAUCAGGUUCUGGUCUGAAUGCGCUAGGCAUGUCUCUAGCAGUCUUGUGUCCGACGAGUGCAGUGCCUGGAUCAGCGUCCGCGUGAGAGAGUUGGCCGGGACGCUGCCGUUGUCUGCAGCGCCGGAUUUCCGCGCCUUUUUGGAUUUUGGGGUUGCAGCAUCGUCGCUGUCCGAGGAGGUUGUUGGCCUCGCAUCGCCCGAGAGCGCCGUCAGGCGCUGGCCGAGGCUGAGUUCGGCAACAUCCACUUCAAGAUCCCCGUCUAUUGCGUUGGUCGGGAGGUCAUCCAUCUCUUCAUCUUGACCAAGCUCGACACCGGAACGAAUUGCGACAGACCCAGACUCCGCGUAUCGUUUGUUGGGAUAUGUCUAACAGUUCUGUUUGCGGAGAUAUCAUGGAGCAGCUAAAAACUCACUUUGUAUGCCUUUGAGGACGUUCCUUCCCCUUCUUUAGAUCAGAGAAGGACGGCGCGAAAAGGAGAUGUAAGCUAACCGAGCGAUUCAGACGCCAUUAUGGUGGUGACAAGUGGGACAGGGAGUCGUCUGCUUCGCGAUUAGAGUAGCUUGAGAUCCUGAAAUUGACAGAUGUCAGACGAGUGAGCUGCAGAACGAACGCUCUGGCUGUGGGCAGCGACAGUGAAGCGCGAAACAAAAUUUUGGAAAGACACGUGACGACAAUCAAUCUGUCUUUCCAAUUGGGGAUAACCUCCGCACUGCCGUCUGACGGCAAAGCAGUCAAACUAGUCCUUGACUCCAUUCACCCUUGACCUUGUGUUCGAGGACGCGCAUUCCAUUGGCCUCACUUCUUUCUUGCUUCCUUCUCUUGUGAAUUUCGCUCUGCAGCUCUCUCCUCGCAUUUGUGUCCGAAUAUGGCCGCCCAAUCCAAUUACAUCCAGCUGGAGAAACUCGGCGAGGGGACUUACGCCACUGUCUACAAGGGCCGUUCAAGAACGACGAACGAAAUUGUCGCCCUCAAAGAGAUCAAUCUCGAUGCCGAGGAGGGAACGCCCUCGACCGCUAUCAGGGAGAUCUCGCUCAUGAAGGAACUCAAGCACGUCAAUAUCGUCCGCCUCCACGAUGUCAUCCAUACCGAGACCAAGCUCGUUCUCAUCUUCGAAUACUGUCAGCAAGACCUCAAGAGGUACAUGGAUCAGCAGGGUGACCGUGGAGCAUUGGACGCGCCGACCGUUCGAAGUUUCAUGUUCCAGUUGCUCAAGGGCACUGCCUUCUGCCACGAGAAUCAAGUUCUUCACCGCGAUCUGAAGCCGCAGAACUUGCUCAUCAACCACAAGGGCGAGCUCAAAGUAGGAGAUUUCGGACUCGCUCGGGCGUUCGGUGUACCCGUAAACACGUUUUCGAAUGAGGUCGUUACGCUGUGGUAUCGCGCCCCGGACGUCCUAUUGGGUUCGCGAACGUACAGCACUUCGAUUGACGUGUGGUCCUGUGGAUGUAUAUUCGCAGAAAUGAUAUCGGGCGUGCCUCUUUUCCGAGGCAAAGACACUGGAGACCAGCUUCUUCAUAUCAUGCGGAUAUUAGGAACUCCAAACGAGGCACAACUAGCGAAGAUGGUCAAAGAUUCGCCUGAGAUCACCAUCAAGCCUUUCCCUCGAUAUCCCAAGAUAGACUUGAAGCAAGUUCUUCCCAAAGCCUCAGGUGCAGCUAUCGAUCUGCUUGAACGACUUCUGAAAUUCGAUCCUGCUGAGCGCAUCUCCGCGGCGGAUGCACUCUCUCAUCCCUACUUCACAGAGACUGUGAAUGACAACCCAUACGGGAAUCUGCCUCCUGGGUCUAUGCCGCCUCCGAACUUCAACUUCCCCCACCCGGCUCGACGCCCCCAGGCUGCGCAAGCUUAUCCCCUGCAGUAUCCAGCGCACAUGCAUCCACAGAUGGCCCAACAGGCUAUGCAACAACAGCAGAAUAUGUACAAUGGCGUGCAGUACCCUCAUCAAUAUGGUCGGUAGUCUCGAAGGCGCGCGUUGUGAAUUAGUGUAAACUGUAUGAUUUAGAUUUCAAGUCCCUCCAUCGGUUGCUGCCCAAUUCUAAAAUAUGUUGUCACUACUUUUA